AUGGACGAAACGGGUAUAACCACAGUACAGAAACCCAAUAAAGUUGUAGCUCGUAAAGGUUUUAAGCAAAUUGGUCGAAUAACAUCAGCUGAAAGAGGCACAUUAGUUACUUUGGCGUAUUCUGUUUCAGCAGCAGGUAACAGUGUUCCACCAUAUUUUGUUUUUCCCAGUGUUAAUUUUCGAGAUUAUUUUUUAUCCAAUGGUCCUUCUGGCUGUGCUGGCGGUGCAAACGUGUCAGGGUGGAUGAAUGAAACCCAUUUUGUUGAAUAUUUAAAACAUUUUGUUAGAUUUGUGAAAUGUUCAAAAGAGAAACCAAUAUUAUUGUUACUCGACAAUCAUGAAUCGCAUUUAUCAAUAGAAGGUCUAAACUAUUGUAAAGAAAAUGGUAUCAUUAUGCUAUCAUUCCCACCCCACUGCUCGCAUAAGUUACAGCCAUUAGACAGGAGUGUUUUCGGACCACUUAAAAAAUACGUCAAUACCACGUGUGAUUCGUGGAUAGUUAAUAAUCCUGGAAAAACGAUGUCUAUAUACGAUAUACCUAGUAUUAUUAAGCAAGCAUUACCACUCGCUGCUACUCCGACUAAUAUUUCAUCCGGUUUUUCUGUCAGUGGGAUUUAUCCAUUUAAUCCGGAUAUUUUCACUGAAGUUGAUUUUAUGCCAGGUUAUGCUACAGAUAGACCUGAAGUAUUAAUUGAAGAACCAAAUCAACAAGAUUGCAUUGAUUUACCGCCUGAUAUUUCAAAUAAUUUUACUAACAAUCAACUAUUAAUAAAAGAACCAGUUGCGUCCACUUCAAAUAAUUCUACUAACAAUCUACCAGAAACAGAAGAGCCAGUUGCGUCAACUUCAAAUAAUUUUACAAGUAGCCCUUUACCUGCCAAUCUAAACACAUUAUCACCUAUUAUAACACCAGAAGAUAUUAGACCAUUACCAAAAGAACCACAAAGAAAAGCAGGUAGAACAAAUCCUAGGAAACGUCACACAGCUAUACUAACAGAUACACCCGAGAAAGAAAAAUUAGAAAAACAAAAACAGGAAAGACAGGCGAAAAAAUCAAGUGGAAGUAAAAAGCGACAGUCAAAAACAAUAAAGUUGGCGAAAAAAAAGUUAAUUUUAAAUGACGACGAAGAAGACGAUACAAUGUGUUUAGUUUGUUGUGAGUUAUUUUCGUCCAGUCGCCCCAAAGACAAAUGGGUUCAAUGCGUUAAAUGCAAAAAUUGGUCUCGCGAAGCAUGCACCAGUCAAGAAGAUCGAUAUAUUUGUCAACACUGUGACUCAGAUGACGACAUAGAUUAG